AUGUCAUCUAGAAAGCAGGAAUAUAUUGCAAAGAUAAGCUAUAAGAAUGAUCUCCCUCCUCCUCCACUUCCUCCAAAGCUUUUGAAAUAUAGUUAUUUGGAAUCAGAAUCAGUUGAGUCUCCACAGCUCAUCACAUCUCUUUAUACUAAGACCAAUGUGACGCCAUUGAUUCAGUUAGAUAAGGAAUUGGGUAUGCCUGUAGAUUUAUUUCGGAUUCCAGGUGUUCUUACUCAGCAAGACACCAAGCAUCUAUAUGGAUAUGAAUCUGUUAAGUUACAGCCGGAAGAUCGUAUAUUGUUGAGAGAUCCUAGAGUUGAUAGGUUGACGAAGACAGACUUGUCCAAAGUUACGUUCUUAAGGAGAACUGAGUAUGUGUCUACUUCUAAUACUACCAAGAGUGAGAGGAAGAGACCGCUCUCAUCUGCACCAGGUGAUGAUCACGACAGUGUUUUAACACCUGCGCAGAUUGUUGAAAAAGUUGAAUCAACGUUUGACAAUCUAGUGAGUGAUUUGAAAAAAAUUAAGCAUCCCACAAAGAAGAAUUUAACUGCAGUGAAGACUUGGAGUUUGCUUCCAGAUACGGUUUCUAUGGAUGAGGUGUUUUUCACAGUUAAGUUUGUUGGUUCUGCGGCCCUUACGAAGGUUGAAAAGGAAAACGUGGAUAUGUCUACUGCACUAUUUAGGCCUGUGGAACUCGAAGAAGAUGAGUGGAUAUCAGUUUAUACUACCGAUCCUGCGAACAGUAAGUUAUUGAGAGGAGAAAUAGAACAGCAAAUUGACGAACUCUCGGAAAGUAACAAUAGUUACAAGUUCAAGAGGUUGAAUGAUUUCGAUAUGAAACAAAUCCAGGAUGCGUCAAAUUCCAACUAUCUUUCAGAAUUAGCAAUUGGCUUCAACGAUGAAAAAGGUAUUGCAUACUAUAAGCCGUUGCGUUCCAGACUUGAAUUAAGAAGGCGUAGGGUGAACGACGUUAUGAAACCGUUAAUAAGAGAAAAUAACUGGGACCAGAUCAAUUUUAAGCUGAGGAAUCCAACGACGCAAGAGACUAAAGUUAGCGAUAAAGUUAGAAUGAGGUUUGACCCUAUUGACUUCCCUAAUGUGGAUGAAGAUGAAGACGUAGAGGAACCGACGACCGAUUCGAAAGAAAAGAGUCCCAAAGUGAGCAAAGAAGAAUUGCAAGAUAAGCAGGAAUAA